GUUGAGACACGGUGGCGUUCUAAAUAUCGUUUUGGUUUCCUCUCUUCUUUUUUGUUAAAACCCUUCCCCUGGUGUCUGUGGCGGGAACUCUCUGUGCUUGCACUCUCUCUCUACCCUUCACCGCAAUGUACAGGGUAGUCACUAGAAACGUCGCCGUUUUCCUGCCUCGUUGCCGCUCUCUUUCGCACUUCUCUCAUUCGCCACUUCCCGUCUUCAUUUCAUGUGUUCCCUCUCGCUUCCUCCGAAUAAAUAGAUGUGUAAAGAAUGUAUCGAGUUAUAUGGAAAACAAGGUUUCAAGGGGGAGUAGUAGGACCACCAAGAAGCCAAAGGAACCAAAGAAUGGUUUAGAUGAUAAAGAUCUUCCUCACAUAUUGUGGUGGAAGGAGAGGUUGCAAAUGUGCAAAAAGUUUUCAACUGUCCAACUAAUUGAAAAACUUGAAUUUUCUAAUUUGCUUGGCCUGGAUUCCAAAUUGAAAAAUGGAAGUGUAAAGGAAGGAACCCUCAACUGGGAAAUGUUGCAGUUCAAGUCAAAAUUUCCACGUCAAGUAUUACUCUGCAGAGUUGGGGAAUUCUAUGAAGCUUGGGGAAUAGAUGCUUGUGUGCUUGUUGAAUAUGCUGGUUUAAAUCCUUGUGGUGGUCUCCAAUCAGAUAGUGUUCCAAGGGCUGGUUGUCCUGUUAUGAAUCUUCGACAAACUUUAGAUGAUCUAACUCAAAAUGGUUAUUCAGUGUGCAUCGUGGAGGAAGUUCAGGGCCCAACUCAAGCUCGAUCCAGGAAACGUCGCUUUAUAUCUGGGCAUGCUCAUCCUGGAAAUCCGUAUGUAUAUGGACUUGCGGCAGUUGAUCAUGAUCUCAACUUUCCUGAACCAAUGCCUGUAAUAGGAAUAUCUUAUUCUGCAAGGGGCUAUUGCAUUAACAUGGUGCUAGAGACGAUGAAAACAUACUCCUCCGAAGAUUGCUUGACAGAAGAAGCAAUUGUUACAAAGCUUCGUACUUGUCAAUAUCAUCACUUAUUUUUGCAUACAUCUUUAAAGCAGGAUUCUUGUGGAACAUGCAAAUGGGGAGAAUUCGGCGAGGGGGGUCUCCUAUGGGGAGAAUGUAGUUCUAGACAUUUUGAAUGGUUUGAUGGCAACCCUCUUUGUGAUCUCUUGGUCAAGGUAAAGGAGCUUUAUGGCCUUGGUGAUGAGAUUAAUUUUCGAAAUGCAACUGUAUCCUCGGGACAUAGGGCUCGACCUUUAACUCUUGGAACAUCUACUCAAAUUGGUGCCAUUCAAACGGAUGGAAUACCUUCUUUGUUAAAGGUCUUACUUCCACUAAGUUGCAAUGGAUUACCAGUUCUGUAUAUAAGGAAUCUUCUCUUGAAUCCUCCUUCUUAUGAGAUUGCAGCCAAAAUUCAGGAAACAUGCAAACUUAUGAGCAGUUUAACUUGCUCAAUUCCAGAAUUUACUUGUGUUUCUUCAGCAAAGCUUGUAAAGCUACUUGAAUGGAGAGAGGUCAAUCAUAUGGAAUUUUGUAGAAUAAAGAAUGUGGUCGAUGAAAUUUUGCAGAUGUAUAGGACCCUUGAGCUCAAUGAAAUAUUGGAAAAUUUAAUCGCACCCACAUGGGCGACAACUGGGUUAGAAAUUGACUUUGAAACCUUGGUUGCUGGAUGUGAAGUUGCAUCUAGUAAGAUUGGUGAAAUAAUCUCUCUGGAUGGUGGGAAUGAUCAGAAAGUCAACUCUUUCUCUCUUAUACCUCAUGAAUUUUUUGAAGAUAUGGAGUCUAAAUGGAAAGGUCGAAUUAAAAGAAUCCACAUAGAUGACGUGUUUACUGCAGUGCAAAAAGCAGCUGAGGUCUUGCACAUAGCAGUCACUGAAGAUUUUGUUCCUGUUGUUUCUAGAGUAAAGGCUACUUUAGCCCCACUUGGAGGUCCUAGGGGGGAAAUUUGUUAUGCUCGUGAGCAUGAGGCAGUUUGGUUCAGAGGCAAACGCUUUACACCGAAUUUGUGGUCUGGUAGCCCUGGGGAGGAACAGAUUAAACAGCUUAGGCAUGCUUUAGAUUCUAAAGGUAAAAAGGUUGGGGAGGAAUGGUUUACCACACCGAAGGUUGAGGCUGCAUUAACAAGGUACCAUGAAGCAAAUGCCAAGGCAACAGAAAGAGUUUUGGAAAUUUUAAGGGAACUCGCUACUGAAUUGCAUUACAGUAUAAACAUUCUUGUCUUUUCAUCCACACUACUUGUUAUUACCAAAGCUUUAUUCGCUCAUGCAAGUGAAGGGAGAAGAAGGAGAUGGGUUUUUCCAACACUUGCAGAUUCGAAUGGGUUUGAGGAUGUGAAAUCGUCGGACAAAACCCAUGGGAUGAAGAUAGUUGGUUUAUCACCUUAUUGGAUCCACAUCGCAGAGGGUGUUGUGCGUAAUGAUGUUGAUAUGGAAUCAUUAUUUCUUUUGACAGGACCGAAUGGUGGUGGGAAAUCAAGUUUACUUCGUUCAAUUUGUGCUGCUGCACUACUUGGGAUAUGUGGACUCAUGGUUCCUGCAGAAUCAGCCGUGAUUCCUUAUUUUGACUCCAUCACACUUCAUAUGAAGUCAUAUGAUAGUCCAGCUGAUAAAAAGAGUUCCUUUCAGGUGGAAAUGUCAGAACUUCGAUCCAUCAUUGGCGGAACCACCAAAAGGAGCCUUGUACUUGUUGAUGAAAUUUGUCGAGGAACAGAAACUGCAAAAGGGACUUGUAUUGCUGGUAGCAUCAUUGAAACUCUAGAAAGAAUUGGUUGUCUGGGUGUUGUGUCCACUCACUUGCAUGGAAUAUUUACUUUGCCCCUAAACAUAAAAAGCACUGCGCGCAAAGCAAUGGGCACAACGUCCAUUGAUGGACAAAUAAUGCCUACGUGGAAGCUGACAGAUGGGGUCUGUAAGGAAAGUCUUGCUUUUGAAACUGCCAUUAGGGAAGGAAUUCCUGAGCCUAUUAUCAGAAGAGCUGAAUAUCUUUAUCAGUCAGUUUAUGCUGAGGAAAAUUUCCCAAAUGAAGAGAAGUUUUCUACUUGCAACAAUUUUAAUAAUUUGAAUACAACACGUUUUCAUUCUAAAAGGUUCUUAUCAGGAGCUAAUCAAAUGGAAGUCUUACGCCAGGAAGUUGAAAGAGCUGUCACUGAGAUAUGCCAGGAUUAUAUAUUGGAACGGAAAAACAAAAGGAUUGCAUUGGAGCUUCCUGAGAUAAAAUGUCUCUUAGUCGGUACAAGGGAGCAGCCACCUCCAUCGGUUGUAGGUUCUUCAUGCGUCUAUGUGAUUUUAAGGCCAGAUAAAAAACUCUACGUAGGAGAGACAGAUGAUCUUGAGGGACGGGUUCGAAGACAUAGAUUGAAAGAAGGUAUGCAUGAAGCAUCAUUCCUUUAUUUCCUUGUCCCUGGAAAAAGCAUGGCAUGCGAAUUUGAAUCUCUGCUCAUCAACCAGCUUUCUAGUCAAGGCUUCCAACUGAGCAACACCUCUGAUGGUAAACAUAGGAACUUUGGCACUUCCAACAUGUAUGCAUAACUAGCUGAUAGACAUUGAUAAUAUCUGAUUUAAUUUUUCUGCCAGUUUUAUAUGGCGAAAACACUUUAAAAGUUUGGGAAGUAAUGUCUGCAGCAUUUUUGUUAGAAUUAGUGGCUGUAGCUGUAUUAAUGUAUUUUGUCAAUUAUCUUACAAGUACAAAAAGGUCUCUUAUCACAUCCCUCUUUGGUUCUUGCUUUAAAUUAUUGAGAUUAGGUAACAAAAACCUUAUUUUUUAA